AUGUACUCAAUUCGAAGUCUGCCUACAAUGUUGUACCGAGAAAGUGCAGAGGAGGAUGGGUUUGAGGACAUGACACAGCUUGAAGAACUGCAUGAAGGUGCUGUGUUAUUAAAUUUGAAGAAAAGGUUUGAACGCAAUUUGAUAUACACCUACAUUGGAAGUAUCCUCGUGUCUGUAAACCCCUACAAGAUGUUUAACAUCUAUGGAACAGACAUGGUUCUGCAACACAAAGGGCAUGCACUUGGAGAAAAUCCACCGCAUCUAUUUGCUAUCGCAAAUGCUUCCUACACUAAAAUGAUGGAUGCCAAAGAAAACCAGUGCAUUAUUAUAAGUGGGGAGAGUGGCUCUGGUAAAACAGAAACCACAAAGUUGAUUCUUCGCUACUUAACUGCAAUACAUCACAAGCAGAAUGUCACACAGCAGAUUUUAGAAGCAACUCCACUUUUAGAGUCAUUUGGAAAUGCCAAAACUGUACGGAAUGAUAACUCAAGUCGAUUUGGAAAAUACAUGGAAAUUUUCAUGGAAGAAGGGGUAAUCAGUGGUGCCAUAACCUCACAGUAUCUACUUGAAAAGUCUAGGAUUGUGUUUCAGGCCAAAGAUGAAAGAAACUAUCACAUUUUUUAUGAGAUGCUGGCAGGUCUUCCUUUAAAACAGAAACAGUCGUUUUACCUUCAAGAGGCAGAGACAUAUUAUUACCUCAACCAGGGUGGAGACUGUGGGAUUGUUGGCAAAAAUGAUGGAGAGGACUUCCGCAGGCUCCUCAGCGCCAUGGAAAUACUUCACUUCAGUGCCGAAGACCAGAACAGUAUCUUCAGGGUCCUGUCUUCCAUCCUCCACCUAGGAAAUGUCUUCUUUGAGAGAUAUGAGACUGAAUCUCAGGAAAUGGCAUCAGUUGUGAGUGCUCAGGAGAUCAGAGUGGUGGCUGAACUUCUGCAGAUCUCCCCAGAGGGACUACAAAAGUCCAUCACUUUCAAACUCACAGAAACCAUGAGGGAGAAGAUUUACACCCCACUGACUGUUGAGAGUGCAAUUGAUGCCAGAGACGCAGUUGCCAAGAUCCUGUAUUCCCUUUUGUUCAGCUGGUUAACAGAUAAAAUAAAUAAGCAGGUUUAUCCUAGGAAUGACGCGCUGUCUAUCUCCAUCCUUGAUAUCUAUGGAUUUGAGGAUCUUACCUUCAACAGCUUCGAACAGCUUUGCAUAAAUUAUGCAAAUGAGUAUCUUCAGUUCUUUUUCAACCGGGUCAUUUUCAAGGAAGAGCAAGAUGAAUAUAACAGGGAACAAAUAAUGUGGGAAGAGGUGCCUUUUACUGACAACCAGACCUGCAUUGACCUAAUUGCAGCAAAGCCUCAUGGGAUACUCAGAAUUCUUGAUGAUCAGAGCGGUUUUCCACAGGCUACAGACCAUACCUUCCUUCAGAAAUGCCACUAUCACCAUGGCAGCAAUCCACUUUAUUUCAAGCCAAAAAUGCCUCUUCCUGAAUUUACUAUUAAGCAUUAUGCUGGGAAAGUCUCCUAUCAGGUUCACAAAUUUUUGGAUAAAAAUUAUGAUCAGGUUCGCCAGGAUGUUCUUGACCUUUUUAUUAACAGCAAAAAUAAGAUGGUUGCACAUCUGUUCAUGAGCUAUGCUGAGGUCCUCGGACAGCAGAAAUCAAAUGCUGGGAAGAACAGCACAGUCACACGGAGACAUCAAGCCUCAACGGUGGCGGCCAAGUUCCAAAUUUCGCUCAUGGAGCUUGUUGAAAAGAUGGAGAGAGCCAACCCAUAUUUUGUGCGAUGCAUAAAGCCAAACCAAAACAAGGAGCCUGGUGUUUUUGACACGGAGCUGGUCAGUGCCCAACUAUGCUAUUCUGGGAUUCUGGAAACCAUUCGAAUCAGGAGAGAGGGCUAUCCAAUCAGACUUCCCUUUGACGUUUUCCUUUUCAGAUAUAAAUCACUACUGGGCCUUAAACAGCCUCCUCCUGCCAAUGGUGAAAACUGUGUCAUCAUGUUGCAAAAGCUUUGCCCUAUAAAGCCAGGAGCAUUUCAAGUUGGUGUCACUAAGUUGUUCAUGAAAGAGAAUGUUUACUUCCUAUUGGAGAGUAAGAGGGACAGAGUCAGGCAUAUAGCUGCACUGACUCUUCAGCGAUACACAAGGAUGUUCUUCGUGAGAAAACGCUACAAAUCCUUUCGCAUGAAGAUCAUACGAUUUCAGGCCCAUUGCAGAGGCAAUCUUGCAAGGAAACAGUAUGCAAAAAGGAGAGCUUACCUGGUGAAAUUUCGUUCUUUGGUCCAAAUGUACAUUGAUCGUAAACGAUACAUUAGGUUGAGAUAUGAAGCCAGAAGAAAGGCACAAGAGGAGCAGAGGAGAAUAGAAAUGGAGCUGUCAAGACGAGAAGUGGUCAACGUCACUCAUCUUGUUAUUCCAGCUGAACUCGGAGCAUUGCUGCAGGCAGCCGCAGGCGGUAGAGAGCUCCAUUCAGAUUGCCUGGCCCUGGUUCAGGCUCCGACUGUUCAGGUGGAGUCCCAGCUUACGCUGCCUCUUGACAUCAACAACCACACCAUCUCGAAAUUUGUUCAGAUUUACUUCAACGAGCCAAAGUUUGGAAUGUUAACUGCACCACUAAAUGCACCCCUAACCCACAUUGAAGAUGAUCUUAAAUACGAGGCUAUAGAUGUGUUUGUCAUGAUCUUGAGGUUUAUGGGUGACCCACAUCUCAAUGGUGUUCAAGAGAAUUUAUUUGGAAACUACAUCAUCCAAAUGGGACUCAACAAUCCUGCCUUACGGGAUGAAAUUUUGUGUCAAAUUGCCAAUCAGGUUUGGAGAAACCCCAACCCAGACAAUUCAGAGAGGGGCUGGCUGCUGCUUUUAGCCUGUUUGAGUGCAUUUGCACCAUCAACUAAAAUGGAGAAAUACCUAUUGAAGUUUAUCUCAGACCAUGCCUAUAAUGGAUUCAAAGCUGCCGGCCAACAUAAGUUAAUACAGGCCAUGCAGAAGUCGCUGUAUGGACCAGAAACUGCAAGGACUUACCCACUGUCCCUGCUGGAAUGGACGGCCAAUAGGAAGAAAGCAAAUAUGGUUUUGCAAGUGCACUGUUUUGAUGGUACAUCAUUCUUGUGCCCUGUGCAUUCAUGGACCAGUGGAGAGGAGUUGGCUGCUGAUAUCCUACAGCACAGGGGUGUGACGGAGGCUUGGAAAGGCUGCUCGGUUAUCAUGAAAGAGCACGGACAGUGGGCGGAGCUCGCAGGGCACGAUUACGUAAUGGAUUUGAUCGCAGACAUGGAGCUGAUGAGAAAUUUUCCAAAGCAAAAGUCCUACUUCAUCAUUUCAGCUGAGAGUCCUACCAGAACCAGGCCCAAUGCUGGACUGGCUCUGUUUGGAAGUGGAUUUGAUUCAGAUGAUGACAGCUCACUUCUGCUCCCCCAGACGAUGCCUAGCUCCAACCUCCUAGAUUCAGAUGGAUAUUACAGUCAUGAUUCGGACUACAGUGAGGCCCCAAAUCAGAAAGGCAUGGACAGAUAUCUCGACAGCCUGUUUGAUCCGGUGCUGUCUGAUGUUAAUGGGGAUAUGGAAAAGUCAUCCAGCAUGUCGAGCCGUAUGAAGGGAGCUGGUGGGAUUGGAGGUCAAGAUGGUGAUCUGGACAAGCCCCUCACCAACAGACCGUAUCCCCCAGGACUGCAGCCUGGUGCGGUGCCGGUUCUACCUGUUAUGGGAGGAACAAUGAUGCCACCUAUACCUAUGCCAGCCAUGACCUCUGUGCCUCAUGCACCUGCCCCCAACUCUGUGCCUUCAGUAAACCCAAUACCUUCAAUGCCUGCUAUGCCACCUUUGCCGGCUAUGCCAUCUUUCCCUACUCUGCCACCGAUGCAUGAUAUGUCAGGUGUAGAUCAAUCGGUCUUAGCACAACAGCAGCAAGCUAUCAUCAACCAGCAAGCCAUCAUAAUGGCUCAACAGAUGGCAAUGCAAGCCAUGGCCCUCCAGCAGCAGAUGUAUAUACCAGCUCCCUAUUCUGGCCAAUCCAGUCCUACUAAGCAGGAAACUGGAUUUGCUUCCCACAAACCAGCCCCUGUUUCCCAAGCACAGAAACCUUCAUCGCGGCAGCACAGUCCAACUAGGAGGGAACCACCACCCGAACAUGUGGUGAGAGCCAGCGUUUCAAACUCAGAACACUUACAACCGAGUCACAACAUCAAAGACAUCAUCAAACAGUACCAAUCUAGCCCUGUAAAACCAGUAGAGCCUCCUAGAAGAGAGGCUAAAGUGUUUCUGAAGAAACCAGACCCACAUGAUGAAGCUAUGAUGAUUCUUAAGGACCAGAUGAGUGCUCCACCUCCACAGAGAAAGAAGGUCUAUGCCCAAGGCUCUUCUUCAUUCUCUGCAAAAGAGUUUGAGUAUGAUAGUGGACCAUUGAAACCGGCUAAAAGCAUGAAGAGAUCACCUCCUGUUCCAGCUGUCAGUCAAAGAUUCCCAGCCCCUGCACCUGUAUCCAGAGAGCUGCCGGUUGAAGAGGAGAACAUAAAGACUCAGCUGCACAAGAGGAGCAGUGAGGAGCACUACACUUACACCAAUGUGCCGUGGAAAAUCUACCUCAGAAAAGAGGUUUUUUAUCCUAAAGACAGCUUCAACCAUCCGCUUGUACUAGACCUCUUGUUUAAGCAGAUUGUUCAUGACACAUUCUCUGAAGCUUGUAUUCGCAUCACAACAGAAGAGAGGCAGACUAUGAAAUCUCUCUUUGUGGAACACAACAUCGACAUUAGUGCCACAAUCCAAGACGAGAAUGUAAAGAAGAAGAUUGUGGCUGCUGCGAAAGACUCCUGGGAUAUCUACUUCUCACGUCUCUUCCCAGCAUCUGGCAGUGUUGGCACCGGUGUCCAGGUGCUGUCUGUGUCCCAUAGGGGGAUUAAGCUUUUAAAAAUGGUCAGGAGCAGUGCAGUAGCCCCAGAUUACUUCAGAGUUCUGCGACCUUACAGCUACACAGAUAUCUUGUUUGUCACCAUACCCUCGAAGAACAUGCUGGAGUUCAACCUCACAAACGAAAAACUGAUUCUGUUCUCCGCCAAAGCUCCUCAGGUGAAAACCAUGAUUGACUACUUCAUCACAGAACUAAAAAAGGACUCAGACUAUGUAGUCGCUGUGCGUAAUUACAUUACAGAUGACAAAACCCAGCUGAGUUUUCACAAGGGAGAUAUCAUACGCCUGCAGAAAAUGGAAGGGCUGAAUGAAGGCCAGAGCUAUGGUUGCAUAGUGAAAAAGAAGGUGAUUCUCCUGGAGGAGUUAAAAAGAGACACACUUGAUUUUGGCUGGAAAUUCGGGGCCAUUUAUGGGAGAUCUGGAGUCUUUCCUGUGGAGUUUGUACAGCCUGUGGCUGCUCCAGACUUCAUUAACAUUCCUGUGGACAAGAAAGAAGAACCCAAGAACAAACAGGGUCGUGUGGCCGCCUCGGCCGCUAUCGCUGUUGCCGUGGGAUCUGCUGCUGCUGCAUAUGAACUGGACCGCACCAUUGAGGUGGCAUCUCCUGUCAGCGAGUAUGCAGACUCCUACACAGACGCUCCUGAAUUGGACAUGGAUGAAAGAAUCUUACAGGAUGGCCAAUACAACAUGGUGGAGUUCGCCAAGAAAUAUUUCAGAGGGGCCCAAAGAAAAGACAGGUCGGAUGAUUGCAUCAUAUAUAAAAAAAAGUCUAAGAAAGGAAAAGAAUCAAGGGAACCAUCAGAAAUGCUGAAAUAUUCCAAGACUCCUAUUCAAGAAUCCCUGAUCGAGUUCACUGAUGCCAACUUAAACAAAGUAUCCACAGAGAUUUUUCUUGCUAUUAUGAAGUUUAUGGGCGACCACCCUACAAAAGGCCAGUCUGAGCAAGAUGUUGUCAGUACAAUCCUAAGGUUGAGUAGUGAGUUUGGCCUAAUGAGAGAUGAAACUUACUGCCAAAUCCUCAAGCAGAUUACUGGGAACACCAGCUCUAAAACGGAGAGCUGUCAGAAGGGUUGGAGGCUGCUCUACAUCUUCACUGCGUACUACAAAUGUUCAGAAGUACUCAAACCAUACCUGCUUAAAUACCUCCAAGAUGUCUGGGCAAGCCAAGGGGUGCACUAUCAAGGAAUUGCUAAGGCUUGUGAGCAGAAUCUAAGGAAGACAUUCCAGUAUGGUGGACGCAUUGAGUACCCUAAUGGCAUGGAGCUGAAAGCUAUAUUGGCUGGUAGGAGCUCCAAAAGGCAGUUGUUUCUACUUCCUGGUGAAAUUGAACGACAUAUAAAAAUUAAAACUUGCUCGGUGUCUUUGGACGCCAUUGAAGAACUGUGCUAUGAGAUGGGUCUGCAUAAACUUGAGGCCUUGGAGGAGUAUGCUAUAUUUGUGGUCACAAACAGAGGUCAAAACGUCCGCCCACUUAACAAAAGGGAGUACAUCUUGGAUAUUACUACAGAGGCAGAAACUGUUGAUAGCAACUAUAGUCUGUGGUUUCGAAGAGUGAUUUGGACACAGCCUCUGAAGUUUGACAAUGAGCUUGGUGUCACUAUGCAUUACAAUCAGGUUUCCCCUGACUAUUUAAAAGGUCUUCUCAGUGUUGUCCCACGCGGUCAGGCCAGCGAGCAGCAGCUUCAACAAGCGUCAAAAUUGGCGUCUCUCCAACAUCGUGCCAAGGACUCCGGCUCCCUCCCCGCUAUUCAUGAGGUUCAGGAGUAUAUCCCCAUUCAACUCUUUGGGCUUCAGAGAGCCCAGCAGUGGCUGAACAUGGUGACCCAGCAUAUGCAGCAGGUGCAGCCCCUCAGUCCCCAUCAGGCCAGAGCUCAAUUCCUGGGGCUUGUCAGUGCUUUUCCAAUGUUUGGCUCGACAUUCUUCUACAUACAGAGCAGCAGCAACAGCGCGAUUGACACCCCAUGCAUAUUGGCUGUCAAUCAAAACGGCCUGAACUUUCUAAGCAAAGACACUCAUGAGCCAAUGGUGAAGUUCCCUCUAAAAGAGGUGCAGUCCACCCGAACACAAAGGCCCACAGCUGGCUCCAGUUACCCAUAUGUUGAGAUAAUGCUGGGUGACCUAAUGUCUCAACGCAUUACACAGUUACAGCUGGACCAGAGUCUCGAGCUGUGUCGUGUCGUGGCCAUGCACAUGGAGAAUCUAAUCUCAGUACGGGAGAAGAGACUAACCCUGCCUCCCAGUGAAAUUACUCUGCUUUAACACUCCUUCUUACAGAUGUUAUUUAUUACAGUUUCAUGGCAAUAUAUGUAAUCAGACAAAAUUAAACCCUACAAGUCGUAAAACGACAUGUCAUUUUUGAUAGUGAAGUAUGUCUGUAAUUCAAAGCCAAAUUCCAGGAUUAGCUUUUAAUAUAACAUGCAUUUCAUUUAGGUUCAACAUAUGGCAACAUGAUUUAAAGCAGUGUCAUUACUACCUCUGGUUUAAGAGUUUAUUUUUUAUAAAGUUAGAAAAAAUUAUUUCAGCCGCUGGGUUUAAAGUUAUUUUCUCAUGCUGAAAUAUCGA